UGAACCGAGAAUAAAUUUAGUAAUACAGUAGAAAGAUGAAGACCUGCAUAUUUGUAAUGUUUUUCUUCUUCAUUUGCCUUGUUUCUCAGGCUACAGGAGACUAUGACGUGUCGGUGAAGCUACUGGAGUACAACAGAGACGAGGACUGUAGCUGUGAUGAUACUCCUAUUAUAUGUGACGAUUGCGACGUUUAUUUCCGGAUCUGCUUAAAACCUUUAUCACCAACACAAAAUCCUAAGUGCUAUGGAAAUAAUAAUAACCAGCGAGUUACUGACACACACAGCUUUUUAUUCGCCGACUCACUGAGAUAUGCUGAUUUCUACACAUGGAAAGACAUCAUGGGACAGCCCUCGUUUGAUAUAUCAGUUUAUGCCUAUGACUUCGACCUUUUAAAUUCCAAUGAUGAUCUGGGGGUAACAACAUACGAGUACAGACGUAACACCACAACUAAUAAACUGAUUGUCACAACAAAACCCGGGAUUAAGAACUUACGGAUAAAGUUAUCCCUAGAUGUUUCCCUAGAUGUUUCAAGUGGACAAGAAAAUGUGAAUAUUCCAAUACAGAAAUGGCUACAUUUAGUUGUCGCUGUGUCUACUACUUCCUUGUUUCGACGAUCUUUAGUCAGUUAAUUCCUGUCUGUGUUUGACGAACACAAGAGAUCAUUGUAUCGAUAUAAUUCGAUGAAUUCUGGAGAACCUCUUCUCAACUUAAUAGCAAUAGCGUUUAAUUAAUGCCAAUUCAACUGUCAUAACCCGAGAGAUUUGUACACUGGUCUACACAAUAAUGAACUGCUUCGUCUAUUUUGCUUUCUAUAAGGUUGGAUUAAUUUCACUUCUUGAAAUGAAAAUAAAACACUGUUUUCCUAAGUGUUAUUGCCUUCGGAUAAUGCUGUUUACAACCAACGCCUUGUGCAAAUAAUUUCACUUAAAAUAAAAAAAAAAUCUCUGGAUUUAAAAAAAAGUAAAGAAAGAGGGCGUA